GUAUAGUUUCGAGUGGUUGUGGUGGUGGAUGGCGUCAGAGGUACUGAAGGUGUGAUGGAGGGGAGACGCUCAGCUUAACCUGUUGCUCGUGACUCUUGUUGCCUGACUCACCAAGUGUAGGUAGUGAUUGUAGUGGUAUCCUGUGCUGAGGAGGAUGGCUCACAUGGCUGGAUACAGUUUGCCAUCAUUUAUAAAUAGCCUACUGACCAACUUAUUUAGAAACAUUUUUUCUAGUCCAGGUACGUGCCGUGAGGAACAUACAAGCGAUGAAUAUAAAGACUGUAUUUGUACGCACUCAGACAGUGGCUCUGAUAAAAGUGACGAGGGUACUUGCGAUGUCCUUCCAUGUCCAGACAAUGAGAAUGUAAGUGAUAGAAGCUCUGGUGGCCAAGGGUCUCCACAUACCUACAGUGACAAACAUGUGAGUGAUAGAAACAUUAUUGGCCAAGUGUCACCUUGUACAGAUAGUAGUAAACAUACUAGUGCUACAGGCUGUGGUGUUCAGGUGUCUCCACGUACUCGACGUGAUGAGCUUGGAUGUCAAAUGGUGUUAGAUUUUGCGACUGAUUUUUGUAAGAACCAUUCAGCGGCAGUCGACUUGAGGAAACCGGCCGCACAAUUAAGUGAUAGACAGGCUACAGCUUUACACGCCCAUGGUAAGGCUUCAGAUCUCUCUAAAGGCUUCGGCGCAUUCCAGUUUGGCGAAAAGUGUCAUAUCUCAGAUGAAACUACAACUAAUCCAUUUAGAAUGGACUUGGACGCCUCAAGUUCUUACGAUGAAGAAAGCGUAGCCACUCAAGAAAGUGAGUCAGAUACAGACAACGAUAAUGAUUCCGACGACAGACUCCAAGAUUCACCAACCAUGGCCACUGAGGGAUACUUCCGGCACGGGCAGUAUUUUCUGGGAAGGCAGGAGUAUGUAGGCUCUCUGGAAAGGUGUGGGGUAGUCCGGACACGGUUUCCUCCAGAACCCAAUGGCCCUCUUCAUAUCGGCCAUGCUAAAGCUCUCCAUGUAAACUUCAGUGUAGCGGAAACCUACAAAGGAGAAUGUAUACUGAGAUUUGAUGACACUAAUCCAAUCACAGCCCGUAAACAUCAUUGCAUGAAUGCUAUUGAAAUGAUUAACUGGCUAGGAUAUAAGCCUUCCAAUAUUACAUUUACAUCAGAUUAUUUUGAAAUCUUAUUUAAUUUUGCACUGACAAUGAUCUACAAGGGUAAGGCUUAUGUUUGCCAUCUUGAAUAUGUCAAUAUACCCUUCGACAAGAAAGUUUCUGUGGAAUCGCCUUGGAGAACACGACCUGUAGAGGAAAAUAUUAGAGAAUUUUACAGAAUGUUUGGAGGUAGCUAUGUGGAAGGGCAGGCAGUACUGAAGAUGAAGGUGAAGACACGUUCAGGAAUUAAAGACCCUGUUGCUUACCGCAUCAUCUCUCAACCACACUACAGGACAAAAAUGCAUUGGUUGGUGUACCCAACUUACGACUUUUCACAUCCUAUUGUAGAUUCUCUGGAAGCUAUCUCAGUAUCACUGUGCACCACUGAGUUUGUAAGUCAUCGCGCUCUGUAUGAGUGGGUGCAGAAAACGCUUGAUUUGCCGAAGGUUUCUCAGAGAGAGCAAAAAAAACUGGUAGUACCAUUUACCAUUAUGUCGAAGAGAUACUUAGUUGGCCUUUUAGGAAGGGGCUUUACUGAUUUUGAUGACCCUCGUUUGGUUACUCUGGCUGGCUUACGCCGUCGUGGAAUUCCACCUCAAGCAAUUUGUAAAUUUGUGGCGUUAGGUUUCCACGAGUACUCCCAGUUACUCGACAUAACACGAGAAAUCCUAUAUCCAGUGUCUCCCCACCGAUUGGUGGUGCUUGAUCCUCUGAUCUGCCAUGUGAUGAACUAUGAUGAUUUGGCAUCAGCUGCCAGAGAAUAUCCACUUACUGUCAGAAUUCCAGAGUUUGACACUUUCUCCCAAACAUCAUCCAGAGUUGUUGGUAUUGCUCGUCAUAUCUAUAUAAACAAAUUUGAUUUUAGCAAGAAUGAGAAAGAUAAAAAGCACUGCUUGACUCCAUUUUCUGAGGUACAUCUUCGCGGUACAGAUUAUGUGAUGCAAGUCACCCACCUCCACCAUUCCCAGGAUAAACUCAUUGGUCUUGAUGUUUAUCUUCGAAAGGUUCUUAUGAAGGAUCGGCGAAUGAAGGUAUUAACAUGGGUAUGUAACCCAGCUAAAAUUAAAGUACACCUGAUUGACUCUCGAUUCCAGGAUCAAGGAUCACAGCCGGCACCCAUUCUGUCCGCUACGGCACUGGCCGAACACAGCCUAGUCUCCACAUUGAAAAUAAGCGCAGAAUUCACAUAUGGGCAGACAUAUCAGGCUGAGCGGUUUGCAUUUCUCACCUUAGACCCAGCAUCAACACUUAACGAAUACAUCUUCAAUAUAACCUGCCUUCUUAACCUCCACUCGCAGUUACAAGCUUCAUUGUUGAAAGUGUUUCAUCAGAACUAAAGGCCAUAAGCAGGAAGAUAUUAAUAGCGGAAAUCAACACGAAUUUAUUAUUGAGUUUUUUUUUUCGAAUCGUUUUGUAUGAAAAGAGAUGCUCAUCUUCUGAUAUCAAUUAAUAUAUUGAAAAAGGAUAACAAACAUUAUUAUAUAUUUUGCUGCUAGUGUUUAGUUUUAAUUGCAGAAUGUACAUAUUAUCUUUGUUCGAUGACGGUAAUCUCGUUCGCUAUAUAUUACGAAUAAUGAAUGAUUAUAUUUUUAUUUCAGUUAAAGGAUAUGUAUAUUUCUAUCUCUCUCUCUCUCCUAUUCUGUAGUAGAGGGGUAGGGGUCGUCCUAGGAAAGGAUGGAGGUUAGGGGUAAAGGGGUUUUGUGUGCAGGGGGCUUGGACAUACAGCAAGCGUGUGUGAGCGUGUUAGAUAGGAGUAAAUGGAGACGAAUAGUUUUUGGGACCAGAUCUGACCUGACGAGCUGUUGGGGUGUUAGCAGGGUAAUAUUUUGUGAAGGGAUUCAGGGAAACCGGUUAGCUGGACUUAAGUUCUGGAGGUGGGAAGUACAAUGCCUGCACUUUAAAGGAGGGGUUUUCUGAUAUUGGCUGUUUGGAGUGACAUCUAAACUGUCGUAUCUGGGCUCCUCUGCAAAGACAUUGAUAUUGUGUGAAUGAUGGUGAAAGUGUUUCUUUUUGGGGGUCACACUGCCUAGGUGAGAGACAAUCGUCGUGUUGAAAAAAAAAAUGUAUGUAGUGUAUGUACUUACUCACCUGUAUGCGGUUGCAGGGGCUGAGUUAUAGCUCCUGGCCCCGCCUCUUCGCUGGUCGUGUGUGUGUGUGUUUGUAGAAAACUAUUUUGAAAACAAAAAACUUGGCAGUAUUUUUCGACCUCCAACUUAGGUCCUCUUCAGGAGAUACAAGAGGUGAAUAAAGAAUAUGUUUAUAUUGGAUGAGAAGGUCAACGCCCAACCACUCGUGCACCUGUCCAGCCCAGUUCUUUGUUUCAGCAGUUCGUUUACUCAUCUACAAUUGUUAUCAAAUCAAUGCUUCCCUGGUCUGACGCCUAAUUACGUCCUGCACUUGAGGUGUUAUCCCUCUCACCCUAUAUAAACAUGCUCACGUCUUGUACAGUGGAAGGCCUCGGCCAGAUGACCAAAAGCUCCAGCUGCGGGUCAUCUCAUGACUAAGACCCGCGUCAGGUAACACUUGUCCUAUUGCCUGACAAACAUUAUACCACUUUUUGUAUCUGUUGAAGAGGACCUCAGCUGCAGAAAGUGUAAUUGCUGUAUUGAACCGGUCUCUUUUAUGUGUUUUAAUUGCAAGUGUAUCAACGUUGACAAGUGUUCAUUACACAUCAACAAACAUUAGACUGACCCUUGAUACAGAAUUUGACUAACCCUCGAUAAAGAUGGUAGAGAAUACGCUGUACAGUGACAAGCAGCCUGUAUAUACUUCUUUGUGCUUUGUAGUAAUAAAUUUAGAAAAAAUGGU